UUGAAUAAUCUUUUAAUAAAUGACCAAUAAAACUGUAAACAAAUUUAGCAAAAUAUUGCAAAAAUGUCAGAAAAUUAUAUAGUUUUAAAUAAAAACCACUUUAUUGAUCCAAAGGAAAUGUAACUUGUGUUCUGUGUCUGUCGCCCUCUGGUGGCCGAUGGAUCUUCAACCAUAUAAUCUGUGACCUCUGACCCCUCAGGCCGCCGCUCCUCUGCCUCCAUGCUUCAUCGCCUCCUCACGCUGCCGUCUCAGCUGCUGGACGAAGACGACGAAGACGCCGCCGCCAAGGAGACGCUCAUCGCCCUGGCAACCAACGGCAGCAGCGACCAGCGGGACGACGCGGAGCCGACGGUCCGGGCCGAGGAGGACGAGGAGGAGGACGAGGAGGAGGAGGAGGGGGACAAAGGGAGGAAGAAGAAGCGGCGGCGCGUUUGGUCGGAGUGCGAGGAAUGCGGCCGGCGGUUCAGCCGCAUGUCGCUGCUGAAGGCUCACCGCCAGACGCACACCGCCGGCGACUCGGCCGCCGCCGACACGUCGUCCUCAUCGCCGCCGCCGGCCGGCGCCUCCUCGCCGCUGCGCUGCUCCGAAUGCGGCAAGAGGUUCUCGUCCAACACCCGGCUGCACAGCCACGUCCGGACCCAGCACCCCAACCAGUCCUGAGGCUUUUACUUUGAAAGGCAGCAGGAAGUGGGAUCAGCGAGGCCCGUUUACCUCGGAACCAGAGCAGAGUUCUGGUUGUGGAAACCGUAUCCACCUGAUUCUGCAGCCAGAAGAAACAUUUUUAGGGUUUGAAGCAGAAAAAUUUAACUAAGGGAACCAGAACCAGAGGUCCAGAACCAGAGGUCCAGAACCAGAGGUCCAGACCCGAGGCAUCCGGUACCGAGCUGCAGCUACCAUCAGGACAACAGAACCGUUAGUCUGCGGCCAAUUUUACCAGAAUUUCUUUUUCUGACAAAGAAAAUAAAACGAGGUUCUGAGAACUUCCCAACCAGAACCAGAACCACUCGGACUUUGGGUUUUACAGGAACCAGAGAGGAUCUCUGAUAUGCAGGACUCAGAACUUUAAUUCAUUUAGAGAUCAUCUAGUUGAAUUUCUCAGAAUCGGAACCAACUGGACCCGGAGAACUGAGGCCCUCUUCUUCUUCUUCUCCUCCUCCGUGUGUAAAUUUGUCCUCCAGGUGGACAGGAAGUGACCUCACGCCCUGAGGCCUCCCGCCGCCUGACGCUUUGUUUCGCUCCACAUGUCGGAUCAGAACCGGGCUUUCUAAGUGCCACCGGACUCUUCCUGGUUACUCACUUGGCCGGCGUCGUUCCCUGACCCCCGCUCUACUUCCUGUCGGCCAUGUUGCUUCAGAUGUUUACAGAGAGGAGCCGGUCGGUCCGCGGCGGCGUCACAUCGUCACUGCCAGCAAGAUUUCAAGUCAAAACGAGCCGUUUGCUUUUCCCUCCCUGCUGAGCCGAAAGGGCUUAAAAUAAAACGUAUUCAAAUAUAAUAAGUUAUAACGUAAAACUAAAAGGUAUCGGGACGUUUAAUUAAAAGUUUUAGCACUUAGAUGAAAGAUCAGAAAAGCUCUUACUGUUUUAUCAAAUAUUACAGAGAAUUAUGCUUGAAAUCAAAGAUUUCAGAUAUAAAAAAAUAUGCAAAAAACUAUUCAACCGUUUUAAGAAAGAGUAAAAUAAGAUAAGAAAAUGUAAAUUUAAUUUAAAACAAAUUCAAUAUUGAACAGUUUUAAAAAUAAUUUAAAAAGAGAUUCAUUUGAUAAAUUAUAUUAAUAUUCAUAUAAUUAUAAUGAAUUACAAAUUUUAAAAAAGAUGAAAAGCAAAUUUUGAUUAUUUAAAGAAUAAAGAUCAGAAAGAAAAACCUGAAAUUUGUACUUUUAUUUUGAAAGCAAUUUGGAAUAAAAUGAUUUUUAGUUCUUUUAAAUAUUGAAAUGAAAAACAUUGAGCUUCAUAUUAAUUUAUAGCUUUUAUUUGAGUUUUUGCCGUGGCACAAAAAUCAUGAAUAUUUUACAUUUAACUGUAAUCUUUUAAAAAACUUUAGAUUUUAUUUGUGGAUGCAGAAAAUGUCCUGUUGCUCUGACUCGUUGAUCCUGACGUGAUUUUCCUGCCUGAAAUCUCAGAUUUUUAUUGUUUUGAUCUGGAUCAGCUGACAGGUGGAUCUCUCGGUUCUUCUCGUGAACACAGACUCUGUUUUUAUCCUUUCGUUUCUCGCCUCGUGAUGAAGCUCCUGGUUUCUAAUCGGAGAUGAAGGUCAGGAUCUGCAGAGCGUUUUCGGUUUGGUCUCUGCCGACCCGGCAUGUAAAAAACCUUGUUGGGGGUCGAUUUUUGUUUAUUUCCCGGUUUUCGAUUCGCUGACAUCUGAACUUCUGCGAACGCCUCGUGUUCGGUUGGACCGACUCGUUUGCACUCUCAGCCUCCACCGUGUUCACAUACCUCAUUUUUUACAAGUGUUUCUGUGUCCAAACAGACCCGAUUACCUCAGAUGUACAGCGCUGAUAUUUGGCUACGUCAAAGUGGAUUUUCUUGGAGUUUUCUAAAGCAAACCGUUUGUUUCUGUUUGGGUGCGUGUCAGAAAAUCACGAGAAGCUGAAGCUGUUUGGUAAACAACAAACAUUUAAAUGUUAGAAUCUACAAAUAUUUAUUAAUUUUUUCUUGGUAGAGAUUUAUGGACAGGAUACGACCAAAUACAUUUGGUCGAAUUGAUUUGAUUCAAAAAACGUUUCAAAAUAUUUAGAUUUUUAUCAGAUAUAUGUCUAUUACGACGCUUUUAAAUCAUAUUAAAGCUAAAGUUUUCUCCUUUCAAUGUGUUUUGCAUGUAAUUUUGGGAAUUAAAAUAAUAAAAUUCAAAUGUUAAACACUUUAAUUUGGGAAAAGAAGAAAAUUAUGUAAAAUGCCCCCAAAAAUCUGACGCAAGUUGAUCAUUUUCACUUAAACAGAGAAUAAAUGAUGCGUUUCUUUUACCGAACAGCUUCAGUUCAGUGUUCUGAUCCGGUUUCAGAGGAGAACUGGAACCAGGUGAGCGUUACCUGGAGGUUACCUGGUGUCCUCCAACAGGCGCUGUGAUCAUGUGACCUCUUGAACCAAUCACUGCUCCUCCUGUCAUGUUUACAAAGCCAUGAGAGAAAUGCACCCGUGAUCGGAGCGAUCUGUUAUCCAGAUUGUUUUAAUAUCAAAAUAAACCCAAUUAAAACCAGCAUUUAGGAACAUUUUAACAUAAAGUUUGAUUGAUCUGAUGUAAUAUUUCAGAAAUAAAGCAAUAAUUUAAGCAUUGGAGUGAUUCAGUCAGAUUUAAAGUUUGAGAUUUCCCCAGUUGAGCAGAUUUCCAGCGGGUGCGCGUCUCUCCAUCCCACGUUUCUAAAGGAGGCUGGCGCCGUGACGUCGGGUUCACGUCGUCCUCUGAGACGCAUCCAGACGCCGUGAAUGUGUACAUAUUUCAGCUGUUUUUGUUGUUUUAUUUGAAGAGAAAACCAUGUUACUGUUGAACCUCCAGCAGCGAGCGCAGAGGCGUCUGAAAAGGUCAGCUGAGCAGGAGCGGAUAGACGGACGGACUCUGGGGUUCCUCAGGGAACGACUCUCGGUCCUCCUGAUGUUCGAUGCAGGUGUGGGGGUGAAAGGGACGUUUUUAAAGAUCUUUAAUUUUAUUAUUAUAUAUUUUUUUUUUUACAGAACUAUCUGUUUUUAUUAAUGCAGCCAAACGUGACUGAUGUUCAUAUUCUUAUGGAUUUCCUCAUUGUUUUUGUACUUCGGACAUCUUGUUUCUACUUCCUGUAUGAUGUCGAUGAACUGUGUUUGACAAAGAAAGUUCAUCUCUGUGUUUGUUUGGAUUUGAUGCAAUACUUUUAUAAAAUAUAGCGUGUUUUUUGUAAUUUGAUGAAUCAAUGUAAACGUUCUUCAGUCUGAACAUGAGUGAUGAAGAGCAUGGAGCCUUCAUCAGAAGAAAUGCAGACCAACCAUCAGUUUGUUUUAAUUCAUGCUCUGUGUCUGUUAUUUAACUGGUGAUGUGAUGAUGAUGAUGAAGGCCACGGUGGAGGUGUUUUUGUUUCUUUUCUAAUAUUUCUGACCUGUUUUAGUCGAUGAGACCGGGUACUUUUAAUGUAAAAAUCUAAAUAAAUGUUCCCAACCACA